ACAGUCCAGGCAGGCAGGAUGCAGACCAGAACAACAGAGAAGUACAGUUCGGGUCUCCAAGCGCAUAAAACCCAGCUAAAUUCCUUUUAGUAUUUUUUGUUUUUGUUUUGUUUUUUAACCCAAAACCCACCGUCUGCUCAUUUGGUCCCCGCUCGUUCGGCGCGGUUCGGACGAUGGAAUCUCACCUUCUCCCUAUCCAUAUCCGCCCUCAGCGGCUCCAACCGGGAAUCGGAUUCGGUUCGGGGUCAAACGUCGGCGGGACGCUCCGCUCCUUCUCCUCCGCCUCGUCGUCUCUUCGCCCCGGGGUGACGGUGCCCAUCCCUCCGCUGUUGCCCUCGCCACCGUCGCUGGCCGCCUGCUCGGGGCCUCCGCCGCCACCGCCACCGCUACAGCUCCAUAGCCUGUACGGGGGAGGCGGCGGAGUAGGAACCGGCCUGGGGCUCCCCGCCGCUGGCCACGCCAACCCAGGGAACCCGGCGGUGCUGAAGGAGGCGGUGGAGGCUGUGGUCCGUAGUUUUGCCAAACACACGCAAGGCUACGGUAGAGUGAACGUGGUGGAGGCCUUGCAAGAGUUCUGGCAGAUGAAGCUGAGCCGCGGAGCCGACCUGCGCAACGGUGCGUUGGUGGUCUACGAGAUGGUGGCGGCUAGCAGCCCCCCGUACGUCUGCUACGUGAGCCUCCCUGGGGGGAGCUGCUUCGGAAGUUUCCAAUUCUGUCCCACCAAGGCCGAGGCUCGACGCAGCGCCGCCAAGAUCGCCCUCAUGAACUCAGUUUUUAACGAACACCCGUCCCGUCGGAUCACUGACGACUUUAUCGAGAAGAGCGUGAGCGAGGCUUUGGCUUCUUUUAAUGGAAACAGGGAAGAGGCUGACAAUCCCAACACGGGAAUCGGAGCAUUCCGUUUCAUGCUGGAAUCCAACAAAGGAAAAUCAAUGCUUGAAUUUCAGGAGCUAAUGACAGUUUUCCAGCUCCUCCACUGGAACGGAAGCCUGAAAGCCAUGAGGGAACGCCAGUGUUCACGUCAGGAAGUGCUAGCCCACUACUCUCACCGGGCGUUGGACGACGACAUGCGAACGCAAAUGGCGGCCGACUGGGUGAACCGUGAGCAGAGCGUGGCCAGCACCGUCUCUCAGGAGCUGGCGGCCACUGAGCGCGAGCUGGAGGAGGCGCGGCUUGCCGGACGCGAGCUACGCUUCUACAAGGAAAAGAAGGACAUCCUCAUGUUAGCCGUGGGCCAGCUGAGCGCCGCCAACGCCGCCACUCUGCCCUCGCACUAAAAGAGGUCUCGGGUAACACAAGAUUAUUGCAAAAGCACAUCCAGCCGUGAAACGAGCCAUAAGUAAUAGCUUGUUGCCUUUUGGUGCCUAACAGUGUUUUUGUCAAAUUGGCCAACCAGCUGGCUGGAGUUGACAAAUUUUGCCUUUUCUCAUACUUUUGCCUUUCAUUGGUGAAUGUAAAAUGCAAUUCAAAACAUGUUGGCGAGUCAUCGUUUGGGAGAGGGUACGGAUUAUUCAGAAAAAAAAAAAAGUUAGCAGUUUGUCUCAAGUGAAAGUAGAGUUCAAAACCAAAAACAAAAGUAAAAAUUGAAUUCCAUUCAGUAGACUAAUAUGAAAUAUUUUUUAAAAUGAGGCUCAACUCACUUCAUUGUAGUUUCUUGCCACCUUGAUGGCUCACGAAGCACUACUUAUGUCUGAAAGAAGCUACUUAAACCCAGUUUUUUAAAAAUUCUAAGAUACAGCAAGAUGACUGUAAAGCACCACUUUUGUCCAAAUGAAGCUCCUCAACUCUCCAACAAAGUUCCUUCAAACCAAGAUGCCACAAGAUGGCUGCAAAGCACUAGAUUUCAAAUGUUUGUAAUGAUGCUCAACUCACUUCAACAUAGUUUCAAGGCACGUAGCAUGCUUAUAAAGCACUACUUUUGUCUAAAUGAAGUUCUUCAUCGCUCCAACAUAGUUCCUUAGCACCAAGAUAGUACAAAAACGAUGAAUUGGUCAUUUUAAAAAGACCACUAAUAGGUGAAUCCUGGUGAAACGUAAUUAACUCUUUGACUGCCAUUGAUGAUAGGUGCGAGAGACCCAGUCAAAAUGAAUUGGACGUCUAUCGUCGUCCAUGCUACUAAGACAUAAUCCAUUACUUUGAAAUUGAUUUUGCCUUUUUUUUUUUUUUUUUUACAGUACUAAUUUUUAUUUUGGUCUACACUCCACUGUUACCUCCGUAAAGUUGGGCCUCCAUCAGACGCAAAUUGAUAUAAAAAUAAUGUAGUUUGUGCUACGUUUGUGCUUGCUUGUGCCGUAAAGUUUGAGUUUGUACUGCUAUCGUUUUUUAAGAUAGUUACAAUUCUCUUCUAGGCCAAUCUUAGGUCAACCAGCCCCCCAUUUUGAUUAAAAAUGGCUUAAAAUGGUGUAAAUCGUUAUGCUUAGUUUGUGCUGUAAAAAGUUUUGUUUGUGCUGCUAUAGUUUUAAAGAUAUUGUGAUAUUAAUUUCGAGUGAUGAUGUCAAUCGCAGCCCCUCCAUCGCGGUUCACCAACUCGCUCAUUAAUGGAGGGGUGUUCUAACAACCACCGCAAACGUAGCACGAACGAAUGGCACCCCUACUGGUCCAUUUUGCAGUAAAUGGGGGGCUGCAAGUGACGUCAUCGCUCAAAAUUAAUUUCUCAUUAUCUAUACGGGUGUAACGGUACAUGUAUUUGUAUUGAACCAUUUCGGUAAGGGGUGCUCGGUUCGGAAUGGAGGCGUACUGAACGAGUUUCUGACUUAAUGUAACCCUUUCUUUUCGAGGCUGUGAGUCGAUCGGGUUACAGUUUCUUUGUGCAGAUUAUAUUUAUUCCGUCUUCUUUACUAUGAUGAGGACCAACAUGGUAGGACAGUACAACCCAGAAACGUCAACAGCGCGACAACGUGGCCGCCGUGAGAACGCAGUGAAACGCGGGCGUUAAAGUCAAUCAGCGUGUUAGACGCAUCCCAGAAGUGGCUCAACGUGACGCACGCGAAAAGAACGGCAGAGUUUAUUAUUUGUUGCGAGACGCGGCCCUCCUGCGUCAGUACUACUAGCUAGGAUCGGGCAGACCGGAAGUCACUCAUGUAAAAAUACGGUGGAUCCGGUCGAUUUUCAAACUAAUAUGCAAUCGUAAACCACUUUUGAGUCCAUCAGAUCUCUUGAAUGGUAGAUCGGGGCACAGUUGACUUGUCUUUGUUGAUUUACUGCUGUCUUCUCUGCUAUAAUAAUAA